ACGAAGUCUAUUGUCUGGAUUAUCAUCGUUAAUUAUAUCACCUGUUUGCUGUUGCGCUUUUGCCGUAUUUUUUGCCAAACAUCGUAUUAGCUUUAUUGGAAAUUUGAAGAAUUUGUUGAUUUGAGCUUUAUGUCCUAGUUAUUCCAUGAUUUUCCUGCUAUUUACUUUAUCGAUUUUAAGUCACGUAGAAGCUGGAAGUUUCAAAAAUAUAGGUUUAUCAACUGACAACAAGCAUCAGUCACCUUGCAUUUGGAAUCAAACUCAUGCCUGGUCACAUCCUUACCAAAGCCUUAUCGUUGAAUGUUGUGAUGAGAGUUUGAAAGAUUUGCUACAAAAUUUUAUUCGCCAGGGUAAAGCUGGAAGCCUAGGAGAUCUUGCAAAGGUUAUACAACGAAAAGCUCAACUGGAGUUCCAUGCAAGUUUUGAAGCCAUAAUUUGCAAAUCGAACUUUGCGAUUUCCACUCAUUAUCAUGGAUCUCAAGCCUGUAAGGUGCAUGUAGAAAAUCAGUACUUUUUGAUCUACGAGACACCGGUGCAGUACGACCCCUUCAACAUGCAUAUGGAAAACUACCUCUCCUCCAUUGACUCUUCCGAUCCACUAGGCUCCACCAAGCCUCAAGGCCUGCGCGGGGGUUUUAAGGAUCAUCGCGAUGACGUCACUGCUGGCGAGAAUCUUUCUGUUCAGCCAGAUGCUGAUAAUAUUCUUCAGUAUCCGAACAGGUGGUCUCAACAAGAUGCAAAGGAGGAAAUCUUCACCACUGAAGCUUCCAUUGAAAACGCCUUCGUGUUGGGAACCAAUAUGUCACAUUUGCCAGAUAUAGCUGAAAUAGACCUGGUUGGGCCUGUACCUGUACCGAAGAAUUUUACAAACCUGCGAAUCAGAGAUAGGCUCCCGGAGAACACGCAUUGCGAAAAGGAACGGAGAGAUGGCAACAAAUGCUGCAGCGGACCUCUAGCCUCCACGAUGAGAGACGCGAUGAGCCAAAUGGCCAGCUCGCCGGAUUUUGGGCCCGGCGGAGAGGGAAUAAUUGCUAAUAGAAUCCAACACUCCGUGCAGCAUCGUUUUAAGUCAUCCUAUGAAGUGAUAGUUUCCCGCUCUGACUUCAUGAUCUCCACAAGAUCUGGCGAGAAGAUCUGUAAAUUUCAAAGCAAGGGAUUCUAUAUUUUGGCCUAUGCGACACCAAAGCAGUAUGAUAUAGAGAAGGUGGAAGAGGAAAGGAAGCUAGCAGAUAUUUCAAUUCUCGACCCACUUGGCUCCAUGGAAUCCAACUUCCCACACGAGGCACCACAAAAUGUGCAACUCCUAUUAGAAUCUUCUGGAGAUCGAGUGGGCUUCCCUGUUGGCUCCCAUUGCCUGGAGGAGGUCAGAACCGGAUCCAAAUGCUGUAGUAUUGAUAUGUUCAAUGCCAUGAAUGCUGCUUACAACACCCAUAUGGCUUCUUCCUACUUUAACGCUUAUGAUAUAAGAAACAUAUCAAAAGUGGUUCAGUGGAAUGUCGAGGAAGUGUUUCAGCACUCUGCUGAGGUUAUUGUAGCUCUCGAUGAUUUUGUGUAUGCAUCACACUAUAAUGAUAGCUUUACUUGUAAAUAUCGAGUCGAUAGGUACCAUAUUCUUGCCUACCUUACACCGGAUCAUAAUCUAGACAAGAGGAUCAGUGAAGUGGAAAUCCCGAAUCAAAUCACGCCAUCGCCGUAUUGGAUUACUCCGGUUCCUAUGACAGUUCAUCAACAACCGAUGUUCAAUUUACAGCAAAACCUGCUACCUUAUCAAUUGCCUACACACUUUAGCUCCCCAUUUACUUACGCUUUUGGAAGGAUGAAAAGACAGAUCGGAACCUCGCCGUACCCUAUCCACCUUUCCAUCUUCCACGACAUCGGCUAUGCGAUCCCCAUCUUCUGCCCCUCAACUCUCACCGGACUCUUCGGUUCAAUAAUUUGCGAUGGUGGAGUCGCCUACGAUAUGAUAAGGAUUGUAGAGGAAACUCGGCAACAGCCAGGCUUUGACAAGCACAACUCGAGAGCCAUGGCGAAAAUGAUAACCCGAACCAUGGAACGGAGAUUCGACACCACGUUUGACUCGAUCGCCGCUGAAGCGGAUUUUGCUUGGAAAACACAGAAGUUCAAUGGUAGGGUGUCCAAGCUGUAUCUGGGAGGCUAUAGUGCGUUGAGCUUCCAGUCGAGCCCGGAUCCUCCACCAGCUAGUGAUUUUGUUGAUGUGGCAAAUGAUCCAACCGUUGAUGGGCCUGUGUAUACGGAUCGAGAACAAGAAGAUGAUGAUAACGAUGACGAUGAUGGAGGCGAUGACAUGUCAUCAACAUCGACCACGACUACGACUACGAUCCCUCCGCCGUUCUUUGCUCUGCCGGUGCCACCACCACCUCCUGUGCCACCUCCACCUCCACCUCCAUUUCUCACCUGCUUCUCAAGGGACACGUGGGUUACUACUCCAAGCGGCAAGAAGCGAAUGGACGAGAUCGAGAUUGGAGAUUAUGUGUUGACUGCUGAUCUGAAAACCGCCCUCUUCUCGGCAAUCACUUUGUGGAUCCAUCGAGAGCCGGAGACAGUGCAAGAGUUUCUGGAAAUUAAAACGGACAACGGGAAGACUCUUCAGCUGACGGCCGGUCAUUUUAUCUAUGCGACUGAAUGUAGAUACCUACCUAGUAAAAACUCAUCAUUGCUGAAUUCAACUCCAGAACGUUAUCGCCACCUAAUCGAUACCUUGCCCGACGACUCGGAAACCAAACUAGCUUCUCAACUGAAAAUCGGAGAGUGUUUGCUAAUUCACAAUGGGGAUCAAUUCCGCAUGCAGAAAAUCGAUAGUAUCUCAAAAACUGUGAGCACAGGGAUAUACUCCCCACUGACAGAGAAUGGAAGGAUCCUUGUGAACGAUGUGCUGGCUUCCUGCUACAGUGAGGUGCAGCAGAAUGUGCUGCAGACCACAUUUUUCUGGGCCUUUGAUCGUUUGCGAAAUUUGAUAGUGCAAUAUUUUGGAGAUCUCUACUUGGACGAGAUUGAACUUCCAACUGGAACGUCGCUGUACAAAGAGGUGCUCACCUUGGUGAUUCCUAUUCGGAAAUAAUUUAUUUUUUAUUUAAGUGUAAUAAAUCGUAAAAGAAAUGAAAAAUCGAAUCUUU